GUAUCAAUUUGCAGUGCAGUUUCGGGGCAUGUGGCUUUUACAAGUGACACACUUAAAGUGGCCUCUAAAUUUCAGAAAGUGCCGCUGGAUUCAGUACAGCUGGAGAUUUAUUGCUAUGUCUGGAACAUUUGUUAGAAAAGCCAUAGAUUGUUCGGAGGUGAACGCAGGAGUGCACCUCUGUUAGACCUGGGUAAAAAAGUAAGUACCCCCCAAGAUCUAAUGAUGGAGGAGCUCUCUCUGCAGCGCAACCGCGGCUCUUGCAUGUAUUUAGAACGGCAGAAGCGCGCUCAAAGGUUUACAUUCGAGUACCCUACAAAUCGUAUAAAUGCAGGGGCCCACACGAAUGCCAUUAAUACCAACCAGACAGUUGCCAAUGAUGUAUCUGGCACAAGAGGGGGUGAUGGAAAAGAGAACUUUCGCACUGAAAUUCGUGUAGUGCCAGGAAGCAACAAGACUCCACCCAACGUUCCCAAGAAAUCUACAAAAGUCUUACAGAUGAAGAUGUCUCUGAAUCCAGGCACGAUUGCUCCAGGUUAUUCUGGACCAUUGAGGGAUGCUCCAUAUGAGAAAUUUAACAGCACCGUCAUCCCCAAAUCCUAUCAGUCACCUUGGGUAGAGAGGUACAGUGUUCAGCAUGUGGUACCAGCCACGGAGACACUCCCACCUCCACCACAAACACCUCUCGACGUCACGUACCGCACAUUUAACAGAACGCCAAUCCCUUUUGGAAGUUUGUCGAUAGAAAAUGGCGGUGAAGCUCCAAAUAUUUUCGAAGAACUACAGGCUCAAAUUGAGGAAUCUACCAAUGUGCUGGACCUUAUGUGCCAUAGGCCCAACUUCAACAGAGCACCCCGGGGGUGGGCAAAUAAAUAUGUCCCAGAAUCUCCGGACUUGUAGGCUUGUAUCUGCACUUAGGUCAUGUAUGUCAUGAUAUGGUGAGUCCCUAGAAAGGAUAACAGGCUUGUUUGGCAUUGCUUCUCAUUUCUGUGCUUGCUUAAUGCAGUCCCUGAUGCUAAUACAGAUUCAUGAUAUUCUGUAUAUAUCGGUAUUAGGGGAGAUGGAAUAAGAAUAUUUGAACAACCUGGAAGACUCUACUGGAGCCCAAAAAAGUGAGACGUUCAUGCCUCAUGGUGAGGUCAAUAGUGCUCAAUGGUGGCAUUGUCUAAAAGACUUGUUUGGAUGUUCUGUUAGACACCGAGUGAAAGGCGUAAUACCACAAAGCCCAGUACUCAACCAAGUAGUGUACAUUGAGUUCCUUAUGAUAAAAUAAACUUACAUCA